AUGACGAUUGUCAGUUUUGUAUCAUACUUUUUGGGAGUGUGGGCUUCUGUCUAUUUGGUUGAUAUAGCUCUGCGUACACAUUCAUACACGAGAAAUUGGUACACUGAGAUUAUUUCUCAGCUGGGGAUUUCGUUCAAUCUUUUACAAGCACGCUUAUUUACACAACGGUUGAACAAUAGUUUCCACUAUAUAUGCCGCUUCAAUUGUAUGCCUUGGAAUCUUUGGUUUUCUUGUGGUGUGAUAUUUGCUGCCAUAUCAAUGGUAGUAAGCAUUUGUCUGCUUACCCUGUUAGCUUACAACACCUUGAUGCGCAAACCUAUUGAAACUCAGGUUCUGAUUCCUGUGAUGCCGGGAAUAAACUUACCAACCAGUCAUUUGGGAUUUUAUGCUCUCACAUUGCUUAUAUGCGCAUUCAUUCAUGAGGCAGGACACGCUCUAGCAGCUGUGCGUGAACGCGUUCGCCUUCAUGGAUUCGGAAUUUUUGUGUUUGGGUUUUAUCCGGGUGCAUUCGUUGACCUCAAUACUGCAGAUCUUCAGAGUCUUUCACCGUUUUGUCAGCUUCGUGUAUAUUGCGCUGGUGUUUGGCACAAUGCCGUAAUUGCCGUAAUCAGCAUAAUUAUAUUUUAUUUACUACCUUUCCUGUUAUCGCCUGGCUACCAUGUAGGAACUGGGGUGGGUGUCACAUACUUAAGAGAGGAUUCUGUCGUCACGGGGUAUCGUGGGCUUGCUCUUGGUGAUGCUAUCACUCGGGUAAAUUCCUGCCCAGUAAAUCAACAAUCUGAUUGGUUCAAAUGUUUAGAGGAGGCAUACAUUCAUCCAUCUGGUUACUGUGUUUCUGGAGCCUAUUUAAGCAUGAUAGAUAAUAAAGCCUCUGUUCCACGUCGUAGUUUAUCCGCGAUUGUUUCUGUCAAUAAAUUGGAUGAAAAUGAUAGUUUUGAAUCAGUCAGUAAUCAAAAUAAACUGAAUGAAGAUUGUUGCACAGUUCAGUCAGCGUCGACUCAUUUGUGUUUUACCUACACAACACCUACAAAGCUGAGUUCUACAUCCCGAAGAUAUGCUUGCCUGCCGGCACGUGCUGUAACUGAGCGUACCAGCUGCAAUGUGACCUCUGAUUGUGGUAAUCUUGGCGCUAUGCGUGGCAAUAACAACGGGAUACAGAGCGAAUCACUGGGCGUCAUAUCUACUCGAUCAAUGUAUUGUGUCGUACCAAGCCCCCCAGACAAUUCCACUCGUCUAGUGCGCCUAGUGCAUAAUCGCCAUAAAGCCCCUGCAAUUCUUUUCCUGGGUCCAUUGGAAGAUCUUGUAGCUUCUAUAGGGGUUUCCGAUUAUGUCCCACGUUGGCCUUCCAUACUUUCACCAAAUUUGCCUUCCUUCCUUGGAUUACUAUGCACGUAUCUGUUCUCAUUGUCCGGUGCCCUCGUGAUACUCAACGUUGUGCCUUGUUAUGCUCUUGAUGGUCAAUGGAUUCUGAAAGCGUUUUUGGAUUUAUUUCUUCCAGGCAUAUUACCAUCGCGCCCGAAAAGGAAUAUGGUUUUUACUGUUGUUCUUAUCCUUGGUAGUAGCCUUUUGGGACUAAAUCUAUUUCUCGCAAUUUUGUAUCUAUGUCUUCAGGCUAACUACACAGGUGGUCUGCUGAAUUCCAUAAGUCCAAUAACUUCUGUUAAUACCUGA